GGUCACCAUAACUAGUAGUUAGUUAGAGCCUUUAUAAGGCAGAAGCUGGAGGGUGGAGUUCCAACUUUAGAAAAUCCUCUUCCUCUCCUAGGACUUUCAGAUUUUUGCCUCUUUUCCUUUUUAGGCUGGAGCUAACAUCUGGACAUGUGGAAUCCUAAUGCUGGGCCUAACCCAUAUCCACCCCAAGCCAUGUGCCCAGGAGGUCCCAACCCAGCCUGUCCACCACCUGUUAACCCUGCCUUCCCUCCUGGCCCCUGUCCUCCAGGAAUACCUCAGGGAAACCCAGCUUUUCCUCCAUGUCGCCCUCCUUAUCCUGUACCACAACCAGGGUGUCCAGGUUACCAACCCUCAGGGCCCUACCCUCCUCCAUACCCACCACCUGCUCCUGGCAUGUGCCCAGUGAAUCCUUUGGCUCCUGGCAUGGUAGGCCCAGGAAUGGUGAUAGACAAGAAGACACGGAAGAAAAUGAAGAAAGCUCAUAAAAAGAUGCACAAACAACACAAGCAUGGAAAGCACUCCUCUUCCUCCUCCUCCUCCAGCAGUGACUCUGACUGAAUGCAGGGCCUGGACCCUCCUCCCCUCAAGUCUCACCAGCUCCACUCUUCCAUCAAGCUUCAGCUGGCACCUUGUACUGAGGGAGAUUAGCCCUCUGCUCCCCACCCCCCUCUACCUGUGCCUUCCCCUGCUGUCUAGGGAGAAUGGGAAGAAGAUUGCCACAGGCUGGCAAAAGCUGCCUUGUCCCUGCUUGAUGUUAUAGUUGAUGAGGUCAGCAGGGGAACUGUCUGGUGGUGAGAACUCUGAGCUAAAUGGUGAAGACAGUUUUAAGAUCUGUGCCAUGGGAUAUUUUUCAUUUUCUUUUGUAAUGCUUGUGACCGGGGUUUGUGAAAAUUUAUUAUCAAAAUCAUGUACUUUUGUAAUGAUGCCACAUUAGAGUGAUUGAGUGGCAACUAUGUUCCAGCGGGCAGUUUAUUGAUUGCAAUAACUGCAAAGCUACUGUGAAGGAGAGUCACCUUCAUGAGCUCCUUUGGAACUUCGUCUAUUCCUUAGUUCAGUAUGUUAUCUCAGAUGGCGUGAAGUCCAAAUAAAAGCUAUUCUCCUG